AGUUUUUUCCUUGAUUGCAAGCAGAGUGCUUUCCAUCUGAUUUAGGUGUGUUGUUUAGUAUGGCAUCUGAGAAUGGAGGGAAACGCAGUUCACGCUGGACUGCAGCAGUUGUAUUUCUUGUGUUUGCUUUGGCACCAUGUCUACCUUGUUUUAGCUUGAGAGCGUUGGGUAAGAAACAAGUCAAUGCAGUUAGGACGGGAAGGAUUCUCUUUAAUGGGAAGGAUCUUAAUCUACUGUCAAAAACUGCCUCUGGGGAAGAUGAAACCACUUACCAAGCAGAUGAUCCAGGUCAGUCCAAAGGGCAAUUCAAAGAUAUGACUUCCACUGAAUUAGCAUGGAAGCGCAUGUCUCCCUCAUUGCAGUGCAGCGAGGAUCACAUGAAGCUCCGAACAUCGGGACCAGGAGCCUCACAGUUUAUGCUGGACCGAGGAAGUGCACCUCCAGUAUCUCUUAACCAAGUUCCUCCAUCCUGUGGAUACAACAUGCGUAGUAACUCCCUCGGCCUUGCUAUGGCGGUUCCUUACAAUGGCUGCAAUAUGAUGCAAGAGAAUGGAGGUUAUGUUCUGCCAAUGCUCUGGCAAGGAAUUCCAGUCUCACUCUCGUGUCCUGUACCCGCAACCUCUGUGGCUCCGACCGCUGCCCCGAAACCACAAAUGCCUCAGACACAGUGGUAUCCUCCUUCACAUCAACAGAUGCCCCAGAUGCAUGAGAUGCCCCAGAAGCCUGAGAUGCCCCAGAAGCCCGGGUUGCCCCAGAUGCAUGAGGUGCCCGGGUUGCCCCAGAUGCCUCAUCCGGUGCUCCAGCCCAGAGCAAGUGGUCAUUCGCCAGCUGGAUUCAAGUUUCCUUCUCCAUUCCACUUUACACCUCACGGGUAUUAUCAUCACCAUUUUCCUUUUGCACCUGUCACUACUACUACAAAGGCCACGACCACACGGAAACCUAUUUUCCCCCCGUUUCCAUUUUACCAUCUCUAUCCACCUUACCAUUAUCACAUUACUGCCCCUACUCCACCCACAACUACAACUCAAACUACAAAGCCACCAAUCCCCUUCCAUGGCCAUUUCUUUCCUCCCUUUCCGCCACAUCCCAUGUUCUGGCCUUUCCCACACUUUCACCCAACAACCAAGCCCACGACCACACAAACAACAACAACAACCCGAGCUCCAAUAUUUCCACCUUUUUUCAAUUUCUUCCCUCCAUUUGGGGCUCCUGUUUUUCCCAGGCUUUAAUGCCUUUAUUCUUCCAACAACAAAAACCACUAAGACUUCUGCAUGAGCCCUACUAAGCUUGUUUCCAGCUGAUGUAUUUCUAGUGUCACUGUACUAAUAAAAUAUAUUAUGCAACAACUA